AUGACUUCGAAAUCGAUGUCGCGCUCGAGUCCCGCUGUCCUGGACGUGGAGAAAGGGGAUGCCGCUGAGCUGAAAGAUGAUGAGUUUGUUGCGCUGGAGCAGCGGGCCAGAGCGGCGCUGGAGGACUUAGCCGCAAACGGCGAGCGGGAGGAGGUUUCCACUGCGGAGUACACAAGGACGUUGCGCGAGUACCGCCAGGCGUGCCAGGUCCGUGCACGCUACGUGGAGGCGGAUCUCGUGCAGCAGGUUUUGCGCCAUCUGCGGCUUGACGAGGAAACGCGGCAUGUGCGCGGGCUGACGGAGCAGCAGAUGCAGGAGCGCCAGGCUCUAGAAGACGCGCACCGUGAGGAGUUUAUGGAGUUUCACCGCGUGUGGAAUGCACGUAUUGAGGCGUUCGAAGAGCAGCAGAUGGAGUUGGAGACUGCGCUUCUUGAGCGGCAGAAUGCGGAGCUGCAGGCCUUUUACAAAGAGAUGAAUGACUUAACCCCGAACACUGCGAAGUGUAGUCGGGGGCUGUUGGACGCGAGGGCUGUGGAGCACAUCCUCGCGGCGCAGCGUGAGUACGCACGCGCCCACCGCACCAAGCUGAAGGCUGACCGAUUAGAAGCGAAAGAUGUGGAGCGGUUCAUGCAGGCAAAGAUAGAGUUGUUUGAGCGCAGAGAGGAACUGCUGCGGCAGAAGCAGCAGCAGGAACUCAGGGUGUUGAACAACAAAAUAGAACGGCGUCGGGCUGAGUUUGAGCGGUUGCGGAAAAAGGAGCUGGAUCUGCUCUUCCAAAGAUACUUGAAUAUUCGACGGGAGCUGGAGCUCCAACAGAACAUUAUCCGAAACAAAACAGGAACCAUACUUUUGAAGCACGCGAGCAACACAAAGAGUGACGCCAGCGGAAGUGCAGCGUUAGUGGAAAGUGCGGGGUCCGGUGCUUUUGGUUUAACGGUGAAGCGUCGCCACUUUGACGACACGACCCAACGCUCUUCCCCCUCCGCGCCACAAGAAAACAGAGGGUGA